AUGCCGGUGAAGUCUGAACUUACGGAUAUUAAUGUUCCGUGUGUAUCAUUUCAUGAAAUGAUUUUUUCUGAAAUGCAACGAUACGGCAAUGAAGUAGCAUUGAUAAACAAUGAUACUGAUGAAAUAUUUACAUAUGAGGAUAUUCUGAUCAAAACGAAAUACAUUGCAAAUUCAUUACUUGCAAUGGGAAUAGAGAAAGGCGAGCCAAUAAUUCUAUGCGUACCAAAUUGUCCAGAAUUCGUAUGGCUAUUUCUUGGAAUAUCGCUUGCUGGUGGAAUUGUAUGUCCACUACAUCCAAGUUUUUCAAAAGAUGAAAUGCGUUGGCAAAUAAUGGAUUCAACAUCGAGAUUCGCUUUUGUUGUACCGAAUGCAUUGGAUAAUGUAUCGGCGAUAUUUAACGAAUUGAAUAUCGAUCAUAGGAUAAUUUGCAUUGGUAGUCGUCAGCUAUCGAAGGGAUUUCCAAUAUUGAAUGAUUUAGCCUUGACAGCUGCUCGUUGUUCUUCAACCUAUCCUGAAAUGACCCCAGAAGAGAAUAUUGUCUUCCUGCCCUAUUCAACAGGAACAAGUGGACCACGAAAAGGAGUAGCCAUUACACAUUUUGUCCUCAAUGCUAUGCUAAAAACAUUCAACAAUAAAGAAGCUUAUGAUUUACCAAGCCGUGGUGAAUUUAUUCUCUCUAAUGCUCUGUUCCAUGAUACCUUUGGACGUGAUGUACUCUUUUCAUCAUUGUCAAAUGGUGCAACAGUGGUAACAUUUACAGAUGAUGUGGAAACAUUUGCAAAAUGUAUCCAUGUAUAUAAGGUUAAGAUACUAUUUGUCAGUCCUACUACACUGAGACGUCUUUGUGAUACAGAUAUAAUAAAUCGUUAUCCAUAUUAUCAUUUGAAAACAGUAGUAAUUGGAACAGAAGCAAUUGGUGAAGAUACGAUAAAGCAAGCAUAUCGAUGUUUACCAUUUGUUAAACAUUUCAGUGCCGUUUACGAAAUGACUGAAGCAGGAAUUAUCAGUCGAACAACUAAAUUCUCACCUUUCAUAUCUCGUUCAUGUGGAACAUUAUGUGCCGGCCUGAGUAUGAUGGUAAUAGAUAUGGUUAGUGGACUUGAAGCAGGCAUAAAUCAGCAAGGUCUUAUUCUGCUCCGAGGACAAACUGUGGUGUCACCCUAUUGGAAAAAUGAUAAAGCUACAUUUGAGGAUUUUCAACGAAAUGGUUGGAGAAAUACUGGUGAUAUUGGAUUUUAUGAUGAAGACGGUAAUGUGUUUCUCGUUGAUCGAGAAAAACAGAUGAUUAAGGUUGAUGGUCUUCAGGUAACACCACAAGAGUUGGAAUCGAUCCUGUUAACUCAUCCAUCUAUUGCUGAAGCAGCAAUCGUACCGGCUACAAAAGUAAAUCAGCAAGAAAUACCGGUAGCUUUCGUGGUGCUAAAACCUCGUGUACCUGCCACUGCUGAACAAAUUAAGGAGUUUAUUAAUGAGCGUGUGAUGCGUCAUAAACAGGUGGACGUUGUAGUUAUAGCAAUGACAUUACCUCGAUCACCAGGUGGUAAAAUACUUUGGCGAUUGUUACGUGAAGCUGCUAAUAGGUAUACAUAA